ACAUAAAUUAAAACGUCUCUCAGUUCGCGCUGCUGUUAUUACAAAUGGUGAAAUAACACCCUGUUAGUUAUUGACAGUAGUAGUCCUUACGACGACAAUAAUAACUAUUUAAUAAGUCGCCCAUUUAAGACCAAAAACAGUGUUUUCCCAAAAUUUGGCAUAACCAGGAAGUUCUGAGGUGUCAUAUGAUUGUAGAAAAAUGGCUGCGGUGCAGUGGCGAUCCAGAGGGCGCAACUAUGAGGCAGAGCUGCAGAGAUGUCAUCCUGAGGCCUCUCCGAUUGAAUUUGGAGACUACCAUCCCCUCAAACCCAUCAUGGUGACAGACACAAAGACCCGCCGUGGGGCUCGUAAAGGCAGCACCUCCUCGUCUUCCUCCUCCUCCUCCUCGGCACCCCCGGACCCCCUCAGCUCCAUGCUGGAUGGGACCGACCCCCUCUCCAUGUUUGCAGCAGCCUCGGCAACUGAGGUUCCUGCCAUGUCACACAGCACCUCCACAGGGGACCUGGGGAAGAAGAGGAAGGAGAAAGAAGAAGAGGCAGUGGGACCAGACUUUGAGCCCUGGUCGUCAAAACGAGGAGAGAUCCUGGCCCGGUUUACCACCACUGAAAAACUCUCAAUUAAUCUCUGCAUGGGCUCUGAUCGAGGAAAAGCUCCAAGUCCAGGAUCCUCAGCUGUUUCAGAGAAAGUUCGAACUCGCCUGGAGGAACUCGACGAUCUGGAGGAGGGUUCCCAGCGAGAGCUGCUCAACCUCUCCCAGCAGGAUUACGCUAACCGCAUCGAGGAGCUGAACCAGUCCCUGAAGGAAGCCUGGGCCUCAGACCAGAAGGUCAAAGCCCUGAAGAUUGUCAUCCAGUGCUCGAAGCUUCUGUCUGACACCUCUGUGAUCCAGUUCUACCCCAGCAAGUUUGUUCUCAUUACUGAUAUCCUCGACACUUUUGGACGGCUGGUAUACGACAGAAUCUGGACCAUGUGUUCAGACCCACGACCCCUACCAGACUCGUUCACAGUUGACGAUGUGAAUGACACGGCCAAGGAGACGUGCCUUAACUGGUUCUUCAAGAUCGCCUCCAUCAGAGAGCUUCUGCCCAGACUAUACGUUGAGGCUGCCAUUCUGAAGUGCAACCGCUUCCUGAACAAGAGUGGUAUCCCGGAGACACUCCCUCGGUUGACAGCCAUGAUCAGAGGGAUCGGAGACCCUCUGGUGGCAGCAUAUGCCAGAGCUUACCUCUGCAGGGUGGGCGUGGAAGUGGCCCCCCACCUGAAAGACAGCCUGAACCGCAACUUCUUCGACCUGCUGGGCACCUUCCGGCAGAUUAGUGGGGAGAGCGUCCAGAACCAGCUGAUCAUGCAGAGGGUAGAGGUGCCCGAGUACCUAACGCUCUACUCACCCGCCAUCAACUGGAUCCUGCAGUGCAUCGCCUACAGAGCUCCAGAGCCUUUACUAACGGAGAUGAUGGAGAGAUGCAAGAAGCUGGGGAACAAUGCAUUGCUGCUGAAUUCAGUUAUGAGGGCGUUCAGGCCAGAAUUUGUCGCAGCCAGGGCCACUGACUUUAUCGGUAUGAUCAAAGACUGCGACGAGGCCGGCUUCCCAAAGCAUCUGCUGUUUGGAUCUCUGGGUCGCAGUCUGGCCUGUGCCGACCCUCCAGAAUCUGAGCAACUGACGAUCCUGAAUGAAGCCUGGAAGGUCGUCACCAAAGUCCGCAGUUCUCAGGAUUACAUCAACUGUGCUGAGAUCUGGGUGGAGUUCACCUGCCGACACUUCACAAAACGUGAGGUCAACACAGUACUGGCUGACAUCAUCAAACAUAUGACCCCUGAUCGGGCGUUUGAGGACGCUUAUCCUCAGCUGCAGUCAGUGAUAAGGAAGAUCCUCACCUACUUCCACGACUUCUCCGUCCUCUUCUCCAUGGAGCGUUUCCUGCCGUUCCUAGACAUGUUCCAGAAGGACAGUGUGAGGGUGGAGGUGUGCAGAUCCAUCAUGGAGGUCUUCAUCAAGCACCAGGUGGAGCCCACCAGAGACCCGGUCAUCCUUAACGCCAUGUUGCACAUCUGCAAGACCAUGCACGACUCUGUCAACGCUCUCACUCUCGAGGAUGAGAAAAGAUCUUUGUCUCUGCUGAUCAUUGGCUUCAUCCGCAUGGUUUCUUUUGGUCGGGACUUCGAGCAGCAGUUGAGCUUCUGUGUGGAGGCCAGAGCCACCUUCUGUAACCUGGAGUCAGUGAUGGUGCAGCUCAUUCAUACGGUGAACCAGCUGGCGAUGGAGACCAGCAGGGUGAUGAGAGGAAAUCACUCACGCAAAACAGCGGCCUUUGUCAGGGCGUGUGCUGCCUACAGUUUUAUCACCAUCCCGUCUCUCAGCAGCAUCUUCAGUCGUCUCAGCCUCUAUCUGCUGUCUGGUCAGGUUGCGUUAGCAAACCAGUGUCUCUCCCAGGCGGAUGCUUUCCUAAAGGCAGCAGUCAGUCUUCUUCCAGAGGUUCCUCGCUCCAUCAGCGUGGAGGGAAAACUUCGCUCUUCUGAGAGCUUCCUGCUGGACUUUAUCAACAACUUCCUGGCUACACUACUAGUUGUCCCGGACCAUCCAGAGCAUGGCGUGCUCUACCUUGUCCGCGGUCUACUCAACAUGGUACAAGAUUACACCUGGGAGGAAAACAGCGACGCCAAGGUGCGGGUCUACAUCAGCGCUCUGCCCCUGCUGGCUGCCAUGGGCCAAGAAACCUACCUCUACUCCAUCCCUAAAGUGGACUCCAACGAGACACUUUAUGGAGGAGACCCCAAGUUUCUAUCAGAGAUCAACAAGCUGUGUGAAACUCUGAUCGGACAGAUCCUGGACCACCUGAAGGCACUCAGUCGGGAUGAGCAGAGCACACGGCGUCAAGGCGCUUUGGCCUUUUCCCUGUUUGGCGUCCUGCUCGCUCACGGUGACCUGAGGAACAACAAGCUGAGCCAGCUGGCUGUCAACCUGUGGAACCUCAGCCACAAACACGGAUACUGUGAGACUCGAGUUUCGGUUCGGACUCUGGAGUACAUCAAACACCAGGCUCAGCAGGCUGACAUGAGCCACCUGUUGGAUACAGUCCAGAGGCUGCAACUGCAGUCCCGCACCUGAACGUAAACCUCAACAUCAUCUGUAAAAUGUCUGUGCACUAAGUUUCUGUGAAGCACAAAGAAAAAGAAAAAAAGGCCUGAAUGUAUUUUGUGUGAGGACACUUUAUGAAGAUUUAACUUUACAUUUUGGCACUAAAUAUUUACAGUUAGUUUGGACCAGCAGGAAAGACCCAAAAUUGAUACUUUAAGACUGAACUGAAAGCUGUUUGUGUGCCAAAAUUCCAUUCAAUGUACAAUAGCAUGUCAUUAAACUAUCGUAGUACAUUAACCUGCGCUGAAACCUUCAAGGAAACUCUGUGAGGUUUUGUUUGUUGCUCCUGUUCAGUGUCACAAUCUGGGGGUACGUAAAAUAAACUAUGCGACAAAACUGUUAAAUGAAUGAACAAAUUAUUCAAAGUUUACAAAGGAAGUGAAAUGACAUUCCUCUGCAUGUUUUCCUGUCUUCUGUUAAGUCACAAGCUGCUGACUUCUCUACAAAAAGAACACUGCAAACAAGCCAAUAUGCAUCAGAUCUGCUGCAAAGAUUAGGCCUAAUUUUUCUGUUGAACUAAAAUGGCUUCAAAUUCUGAAAAAUGUGCCACAGUCCAAAAAAUAAUUUUAAGCAGUGAUACAUCUGUCAGAACUGUAUUUUUGCUGUCAUUUGCACCGGUUACUGCAGUGUUCCCCUGCAUAUCAAACAAAGUUAGUUAUCUUUGACUGAACUUACACCACAACUGCUCUCUGUAUUGCAACAUUAUGUAUUUUUAAUGUGUCUUCUUCAUGCAUUUGUAGAAAUAAACAAUCAUUCUGCUUUAUAUUUAAAUACCGGUCUUAAGUAUGAGUUGAUUUCUAACCUGUUGAUUAAAGUACAAUGCAAAUGUA